AUGCGAAGUAGAGGAAAGGAGCCAAAUCCUGCUUGGAGUCUAUCUUCCCCUCUUCCGUCUGCUCUAUCGAGUAAUCUGAACUUCACUCCGAUGACGUCACCGAAUAGAGAAAGCUUGCCUUGUAAACUAAUAUAUGUUCAUCUUCCAUUCGACCAACAUUCCCGUCUUGAAGUUCGAGCUGGCCAGACUGCUCGAGAUGCAAUUUCAAAGCUUCUGAAGAAAAGGAACAUAACACCUCAGUUGUGUCACGUCAAUGUUUCUGAGGAUCCGAGAAGUGAACAGAUCGAUCUCAUGGAAGAUCUGGAGUCCGUUGCCUCAAGACUGGAAAAAAACGAACUUUGGGUGCACAGCGAAUAUCUUGACACUGUCAGUUCAAUCAAGCACACCAUAGUUAGAAGGACUUUUAUCCCUCCAGUCAAUUGUGAUGUCUGCAAGAAUCCUAUUUGGCUAGUGGGUUAUCGAUGCGAGUUUUGUCAGUUCAAAUUUCAUCAACGGUGUUCUUCAUUUGCACCUCUGUAUUGCGAUUUGAUCCAGACCGUCCCACGUGAUGAAGCGCUAGCACAAAGACUGCUUCUGUUGGCGUCAAGAAUGGAAGGACAGGAUGCGGAAAUAGCAGAAAGUGUACUGAACCAGUUGCAACCAAAUUCUAGUCCAUCACACACUCCUGAAGGAACUGAGCCAGAGGCAGCUGCGAGAUUUUUGAAGAGCAAUAAGCCUAGUUCGCAAUAUCAAAGCAGUGUUGCUAGUAAUGCCUCUUCGGCUGGUAAUGGUUUGGCUGUUAGAAGGCCAACUAACCGCCUUAAUCCACGUGCGGACACCUCUCCGUUUGGUUCUAAUUCACCAUCAAGUACUUGUUCAUCUCCUCCUGCUACACAGCUUAGUGCUGCUCAACUUCUACCACCUACUCUCCCUCUCACCCCUCCACAGAGUGCUCCACCGCAAAAGUUUUCUCCUGGGUUCUUUCGUGGUAGAAGCCGAUCUCCAGAACCGCAUGUGGAAUUUGAGAUGAGCACCAUCCUCGAUAUUUUCAAACAGAUAACGUUGGGAAUGAACUACCUGCAUUCGAAAAGUAUUAUUCAUAGGUUGUAUGAUAUUAGCGUUCGUGAGUGCGAAGUGUUGGGUUUUCCAGUGUCUUUGAUCGUUUUGUGUAGUGAUUCUGUGAUACUCUUUUUAAAAUGGGCGAUAAUGGAGAAAGAAGUGGAUGAAGCAUCGAGUUUAUGCUUUGCAAUUCAACAGAUGGUGCAGUCUUCUAGUCAAAGCAAGAACGGCGACAUUGCCUAUGUGGUGCAGUUGGUGAAGCUCAUUCACCGCUUGUUUAUCGUGGAUCUUGAGCGUGCCAUGGAACACGGAAUGGAUACGUUGCUUUGGACAACAGCAAAACAGCUGGUCGACCGUGUAAGGGAAGAAAGCGGUAAUGAUCGCAAUAGUGGUCAUUAUGAUCUUUGUUCGCAUCUAUACCAUUGUAGCCUCCGUGCAAAGCCAUCUCUUGGUGAUGCGUGGAAUCAACUUGGCGUGCUGGCCACUGUUAAGGUGAAGCCACUUGAUUCACUUUAUUUUAAUACGCGUGCUCUUCACUGUCCGACUCCAUUUACACCUGCUGCGGCAAAUAUUUCCAAUCUUUUUCGAAAAUAUUCUGAUAAAGGCGAUACACAUGACGAAACUCGUACACGUCAGAUUCUGAUUCAGCUUCUGUCCCUGGCUUUCAAUAGUAUCACCAACUUGCUUCUCAACAAUAAUCAUCUUCGGCCUGAUUUGCUUCUUUGUAUAGCUCUUCUUCUGAGAGUUCCCUGUGCCUGUCGAAAUGAACCGUCUUUGGUAGCGGCAUUAUCACGAUCACAUCAGGAUGUCAUUUUCGAUAGCGAAAAAUUGGAAACGUUUAGAUGUUUCACCGAGUCUGAUCCAUUUGAAUAUCCCAUCAGUUAUGGCCAGAUUUCCGAACAUAUUGCUGAACUGUCUGAGCGACCAAACGUCACCAAGUUACAGUGCCACGAUGAUUAUGGAGCAUUGGACACAAUGGCUUUGGCUCCCACGUCUUCGAUUUUUCGUGGUGGCCUAUAUCAAGUUGCAUGGAUUUAA